AUGCUGUCCAAGGUUCCCCCCCCGCUGCUGGGCUCCCCUGCUGGCCGCGCCGUAGCCGCCGCUGCAGCCCUGCCCGCCGCCCAGCUGCUGAGACAACUGCGCGCGCGAGGGUUCGCGGCACAGGGCGACAAGGGCACCGUGCACCCCCUCAGCGCCCCCUACGACUCCCAGAAGGAGGCCCAGAAGCCUCUGGAGGGGGAGGACGGCCCCGGUUCAAGCACUUAUGCCCGCUUCAAAGAUGUGGCCAGCCAGAGCGGCAACCCGGUGAAGGAGUGGAUACAGGGCAGCAAGGAGCACGCCUCUGCCUACGGCCAGUCUGCGGAGCAGGUGUACGAAGCCGUCAAGCGCUCCACCCAGGACGCCACCACCGACGCCAAGGAGGCCGCCAGGAGCGCGAUGCACAAGGCGGGCGCCGGCGGCGACAUCAUGGGCGGCAUGGCGGCGGCCGCCUCGCAGGCCGCCGGCGCCGUGGGCUCCAAGCUAUCGGAGGCCAGCCAGAAGGCGGCCGCUGCGGUGCAGGAGAGCGUGGGGGACGAUCGCAGCCUGCCCAGCGCGCGCGCCGAGUUUGAGAAGAGCCGCAGCGAGGGGCAGAAGGCGGAGACCAACAAGGACAGGAAGAGCCAGCUGACGGACGAGGCUGUGGGGGACAACCCCGCGGAGCAGCGGACCCGCGACGAGCACGAGAUCCUCCCCAAUGAGUUCUACACCAAGCACUGA